AAGCCAGGCAUCAAAAACCCUCAUAAAGAAACGCAAAAUAAAUAAAAGUAGAAACAAAACUGAAGUAACAGAAGAGAAAGAAGAUCACCACCGCCUUGUGCUUCUGAUCUCUUCCUCCAUUCUCCAGAUCCCCAAUUUCCACCCGCUACACUUCUCUCUCUCUCUCUCUCUCUCUCUCUCUCUAUGUGCAUCUAAGUUGUGUCCGUUUCGAAGUUACACACAUAGCGAUGGCGUGCAUAAAGUCCGUGAACAGAUCGGCAUCGGCCGCGUUCGCGCCGGACGGGACUUACAUGGCGGCGGGGACGAUGGCCGGCGCGGUGGAUCUGUCCUUCAGCUCCUCGGCGAGCCUCGAGAUCUUCAAGCUCGACUUCCAGUCGGACGGCCACGAGCUCCCCGUGGUCGGCGAGUCGACCAGCUCCGAGCGGUUCAACCGGUUGUCGUGGGGGCGGAACCCGUCCUCGCCCGGCUCCGAGGACCUCUCUCUCGGUCUCAUCGCUGGUGGUCUGGUUGAUGGCAACAUUGGCCUUUGGAACCCUCAGGCUCUGAUCCGUUCUGAGGCAAGUGAGAAUGCUCUUGUAACACAGCUUUCCAGGCAUAGAGGGCCUGUUCGUGGUCUGGAAUUUAAUGCUCUUACACCUAACCAUCUUGCAUCUGGGGCUGAUGAAGGUGAAAUCUGUAUAUGGGAUAUUGCAAAACCAUCAGAACCCACUCAUUUUCCUCCUCUCAAGGGUAGUGGAUCUGCUACUCAAGGGGAAAUUUCAUAUUUAUCCUGGAACAGCAAGGUUCAGCAUAUAUUGGCAUCAACUUCAUAUAAUGGGACAACUGUGGUUUGGGACCUGAAGAGGCAAAAGCCAGCUCUUAGCUUUCCAGAUCCAUAUAAAAGACGGUGCUCAGUUUUGCAGUGGCAUCCUGAUUUGGCCACCCAGCUUAUUGUUGCUUCAGAUGAUGAUAGUUCACCUUCUUUGAGGCUUUGGGAUAUGCGGAAUACUAUGUUACCGGUCAGGGAGUUUGCGGGUCACACUAAAGGUGUAAUUGCGAUGUCAUGGUGUCAAAGUGAUAGCUCCUAUUUGCUUACCUGCGCCAAAGAUAAUCGCACUGUUUGCUGGGAUACUGUUUCUGGAGAGAUUGUCACAGAAUUGCCUGCAGGAACUAAUUGGAAUUUUGAUGUGCACUGGUAUCCGAAGAUACCUGGGGUUAUUUCAGCGUCGUCUUUUGAUGGAAAAAUUGGUAUUUAUAAUAUUGAGGGUUGUAGCCGAUUUGGUACUGGGGAGGGUAAUUUUACUUCAGCACCGUUGCGGGCUCCAAAAUGGUACAAAUCUAAAGCUGGGGUGUCUUUUGGUUUUGGAGGCAAGCUUGUUUCAUUUUGCUCAAUGGAUUCUCCUGCUGGAGCUUCUAAGGUUUAUGUGCAUAACUUAGUUGCAGAAGACAGUUUGGUUCACCGCUCCGCUGAAUUUGAAGCUGCAAUACAUAAUAGAGACAGAUCUUCAUUGAGGCUUUUAUGUGAUAGAAAAAGUCUCGAGUCUGAAUCUGAGGAUGACAGAGAAACAUGGGGCUUCUUGAAGGUCAUGUUUGAAGAUGAUGGAACAGCGAGGACAAAACUGCUAACCCAUUUUGGUUUCAUUCUGCCUUUGGAAACAAAUGAUACCAUGGAAAAUGAUCUUUCUCAGGAAGUAAGUGGUGUUAGUCUUGAAGAUAAAGUAGCAGCCAGAGAAGAAUAUGUUGCGGAUAAAACUACUUACCUGUAUGAUAAUGGUGAAGAUUUUUUUAAUAAUCUUCCAAGUCCUAAAGCUGAAACACCUGUUUCGGAUUCUGGGGGUAGCUUUAGUGUUGGUGGUUCAGUUCCCAUUGUGGAAGAAAUGCAACAAGAAAUGGAUGGACAAGAGGAGAGUGAUGACCCAUCCUUUGAUGAUGCUAUUCAAUGCGCAUUGGUCAUUGGGGACUACAAAGGUGCAGUCGCUCAUUGUAUAGCUGCAAAGAAAAUGGCUGAUGCUCUAGUUAUUGCUCAUGUUGGUGGUGGUUCCUUGUGGGAGAGCACGCGUGAUCAGUACCUUAAAAUGAGUCAUUCUCCUUACUUAAAGGUUGUUUCUGCAAUGGUCAACAAUGAUCUCGCUAGUCUUGUCAACACCAGGCCCCUGAAAUCCUGGAAAGAGACACUUGCUCUACUCUGUACAUUUGCACAGGGGGAGGAGUGGAGUUCGCUCUGUGACUCACUUGCUUCUAGGCUCAUGACUGUUGGAAAUACACUGCCUGCGACUCUUUGUUAUAUAUGUGCUGGAAAUAUUGACAAGACAGUGGAAAUAUGGUCGCGGAGUCUGACUUCAGAGUAUGCAGGGAGAUCCUAUGUUGAUCACCUUCAGGAUUUAAUGGAAAAAACUAUAGUCCUUGCUUUGGCAACUGGGCAGAAGCAAUUUAGCGCUUCUUUGUGCAAGCUUGUUGAGAAAUAUGCUGAAAUAUUGGCUAGUCAAGGGAUCUUAACUACCGCAAUGGAGUACUUAAAGCUAAUGGGAACUGACGAAUUGUCUCUUGAGCUUAUGAUCUUACAAGAUCGUAUCGCACGGUCAACAGAAAUUGAGAAUGAAGUACCCAAGUCUAGUGCUUUAAACUCUCAGUCACAACCUGGAACCACAUAUGGUGCUGAUCAUUCCAGUUUUGGUGCAGUAGAAUCUUCUGGACAUUAUUAUCAGGAAACAGCACCAUCUCAAUCGCAGCAAAGUGUUUCAGGCAGUCCUUAUGGUGGAAACUACCAGCCGUCAUUUGGUUCUUCAUACGCCGGAGGAUAUGGUGCUCCAGUCCCAUAUCAGCCAGCACAAAAUUCUCAAAUAUUUGUUCCGUCUCAGGCACCUCAAGUUCCCGAGAUGAACUUUGCUCGGUCACCUGCUACCACUCAGCCUCCAGUAGUACCAUUCAUCCCUGCAACUCCUGCUGUGUUGAGAAAUGUGGGGCAAUACCAGGCACCCACGUUGGGUUCUCAGUUGUAUCCGGGGACUGGAAACCCUAAUUAUCAAUCCGGACCUCAAGGUGGUGGUUCGCUUGGCCCUAUUCCAUCUCAAGCAGGUCAAGUUCCUGGGCAUAAGGUUUUGGCUCCAAACCCAGCAUCUGUGGGAUUUAUGCCGAGUAUGAAUCCGGGAAUUCAAAGACCUGGGAUGGGUCCAACGCAACCAUCCAGCCCUACUCAGCCAGCGCAAUUGCAACCAGCUGCAGCUCCUGCAACUCCGCCGCCUACAGUACAGACAGUUGAUACUUCAAAUGUUCCUGUCCAACAAAGGUCUGUUAUCACAACUUUGACGAGACUUUUCAAUGAGACAUCAGAAGCACUAGGAGGUUCCCGUGCAAAUCCUGCUAAGAAGCGGGAAAUAGAAGACAAUUCAAGGAAAAUAGGCGCCUUGUUUGCCAAACUCAACAGCGGGGACAUAUCCAAAAAUGCUGCUGAAAAGCUUGUUCAGCUCUGCCAGGCUUUGGAUAAUGGUGACUUCACCACUGCCCUCCAAAUCCAGGUGCAACUGACAACCAGUGACUGGGACGAGUGCAAUUUCUGGCUCGCAACUCUCAAACGGAUGAUCAAGACUCGACAAAAUGUGAGAUGAGUUAGUUGAAAGGAUAAAUUCCACCCAGCAUCCAAAACCCUAGUUUGCAGUUCUUUUCUGUUGAGGUUUAGUUCAUGGCACCGAUCCUUUUCUCUACAAGUAUACAAGAAUUCACUCUAUUUCAGAUAGGUGAUGGCAGGUUUUGGAUUCUUUCUUUUACAUACCUCUGCCUGUACUCAUUUUGCUUCCAAUCUCAUGCUGUGUUUGAAAGCAGCUAGAGAAGAUAGUUCUCGGGCCAUGAUGAACUAUGCUGUUUGUUUUUCAUCUACAUUUCAUAGAAUUGGAAAAUAGAGUUUGGUUUUUGGUUUAUAUUAGCUUCCAACAAUUCGCCUGCUGGGUAAUCGUUAGUCCAUUGAUUGUACUUAUGAACAUUUUGAGAAAGAUUCGAUAUAAGGCGUUUGUUGAUGA